AAUCAAAACAAAAAUAGUUAAAAUCCUCUGUCGCAAUCGCAGACAGCAAACGACGAAUCACCUAAACUCGUCGUUUUUGAUUAUCCGGUCGGCAUCCCAGGCACUGCAUUGCGCUUGUCCCUCAUCCUCCACAAAAAACACGACAGAGGAAAAGUGUGCUGCCAAAAGUGAAGUGACAUCCGACAAGAAGACCGAAGAAAAUUAUCUAACCAUCCUCGAGGGCAGUGUGCAUUGUUUUGGCUUGAGUUCGGUUCAAAGCCUGAGUGGCCGCCGCGAUGCGAAAGUAUCAGCAACUGGCUCUGGUCCUUAUCUCUAUCAGCUGCGUUGCAAUUCUGCUGGUUUACAAAAGUGAAAACAAUCGGCUUAAAUAUGUUCUGGAGGUGGUUAAUAUUUUCGGCCGAAGUGAUGCCGCUUCACUGAUCCGCAUUGACAACAGUAGCCGCUAUCGAGCGGUACCGUAUGACUUCGAUAGUCCACUGCCGGGUUGGCAGCGAGUGGGAGGUGAUGUGUACGUCUAUUCGGCCUACUGGCAAAAGAACGACCUGGAAGCCGGUGGGACGGUUGUCAGCUUGGCGGUCGGACUGGAGCAUGCGGUAGUAAACUUCAAGUGCCAAGUGCAGCACGGCGGAAAGGAUGUAGUUCCGGGCAAGUUUUACUUUAUUCGACUGGAUAAUCCGACCGGUUCAGUGGCGGCACCAAAUGGGGAGGUGUUUGUGAUUUACAAGUUUCUCUGUAAGGUCAAGAGAGAUUUCGGUCAACCUACGGAGGUGAUCCUCACCGAUUCGAUGCAUUCGAUCAAAAGAUACAUCCCGUUGCGAGUAAUCGAAAGCAAGUCAAUUCCACAGAAGAUGACCAUAACUGCUUGUGUUGAUUUGAACAAUUACCUGGAAUUGGACGAUGAAUUCCGCAAACCGUCAGCUGUGUUGCAAUAUUUUCUUCAUCAUCAAAUCGUUGGUGUGGACGAUUUCAUCGUUUAUAACAGCAAUGCUAUGGAUUCGAUAACAACAACCACCCUGUACAAUCACGGAAUCAAAAUCAAUCUGCUGCCUUACAAUUUCCCCUUUGACCUGUACAGUAAACAGCAGAACCGCCAAAUAAUUGAGCUGGACUGUCUAAUGCGGAACUUCAAUGCAGCUAGAUACACUUUCGUCGGUGCCAUAAACGAAUACAUUUAUCCAAAUUCAAGGCUUCGCAGUAACAAUCAGUUCCUGAAGUAUGCCGGCAAAGUUUCGAGCGAUGUGACUCAAUUCGCAAUUACAUCGAGAACAAUUUGCAUUGACAGCAGGAAGAAGAUAUUCUCCGAUAAUCUACUCUACGAUGUAGAAGCACGGAGCGAACGGUCAUUCUACAUUUACCGACCUCAGGAUUACAAUCGGACGGGGUCUCAAGACGCUGUUAAAUCCUUAAGCGUCGAUGGGAACGUGUUGUUCGUGCAUCGAUACGUCGAAAAAUGCAUUAGCAAAUCUGAUUUCUACGAUUGGUCUACCAUCCUAAAUAGUGAAUUCCUCCAAUACGUAAACGAAGUCGGAAAGGAACUGAACAAGUUGAUCUACCGAUAAGCGAACAGAUCACAAUUUUACUAUGUCCAAAGAUGUUGAUCAACUCAAUCAAAUCAUCAUGAGUCCCCGAGGGACGCUCUCGCAUUGCAAUACUUUCUACUUAGAUGUUUGUUCGUUAUUUAAUUUUCAUGGCUCUUACGCUCAACUCUCUUAAGUUUCGCACAAACUGUCAUCUAUGUUCUGAAUUCCAAUUUCAAAGAAUAGCAACAAUGGAAUGCAGAAUCUGGUUCUUUAUAAUCAGAAGAAAUCGGAAGCACAUCAAUUAAAUAUGCACAACGAGCUUUCGUCUUAAAAAUGACAGACACAAAAUAUGCUAAAAUCGUGAAUGAGAUUCAUUCAACUGGCCUACAAAUAGUAAUGAGCAGAAUGAUAAUCGACCGCCUGAAUCAACAUGCGUGGAUUGUAUAGGUAUCGGAAAACAAAACAAAAUAAUGGCGACUUCUCACAAUAAAGUAGUGGAUUGGUAAUCAACGAUUUUAGGAAACAUAAACGUAGAUUUUUUUACACUUUUGAUAUGGACUUGAAUAGCUACAAAUGAAAUCAUUAAACGGUUUGUAAAUUACAAUGUAUCAAUAACACUUUUAAUCCAUUUCAAACAAUAAACUUUCAGAUCCUUGAAUAAAAUUAUUCGAAAA